AUGUAAAGCUAAAUAAGUGACUAUGAGUAUCUUAGUACGAUUUUGUAAAAAAAUAGUAGUUGCUUUAAUUUAAACCAAAAAUUAACCCUUUACAUUAGACCAUAGAAUCGCAAUGAAAAGAGAAGAAAAAAACAUUCAUCUUGUAGUACAGAAGAUAUCAACCCUAAACUUUAUGAUUCUUAAAUAAAAAAAAAAGUUGAUUUAAGUUAAUCUGGUACAAGUGAAAGCCAAGUAAAUUAGAAAAAUAAAAUACGAAUUGCUUUUAAACCAAUAAUUAGAUUGAGAAAUAAGUUUCUUAAUGGGAACAAUCCUAAUGGUUAUUCAUUAGCUAAUUAUAAAGAAAUAGUAUGCAAUUUUUGUCUAUUGCAUCUAGAUAAUUAAUACUCCAAAUAAGAAGAUAAUUAAUCAUUUUCCAUAAUAACUUUAGAAUAACAUCAACAAACACAUUCUCAAACUAUUACAACAUAAUGUAAACAUAAAUAUCAUUAUGAUUGUUUCCAAAAUAAUAUUAAAUAAUAAUUGGAUCAAUAAAAAUCAACAAUCUCUUGUAUAUGUGGAAAAAAAAUAAAUAAUAAAUUGUUAAAAUAAUAUACUUCUGAUGUAUUGAUAAGAAAAUUAUUGAAAAUUUAACUUGAAACUAUUUACUCAAAAUAUUAAGAAUCACUUAAUUUAAAAUAAUGUAAUACAUGUACAUUUUUUUGGGUAAAAUCUGAUACUUAACUAUAUCUUCCAAUAUGCAUUUAUUGUUUGCUAUCAUAUAAUACUAAUGAUACUACAAAAUCUUCGAAUUUAAGUUAAAUUACCAAAUAAAAGAGGUUGAGAUCAAUUAGCAUGUAGUGA